UCCAUUUCCUCCCGUCGCCUUCAAAUCGAACUCGAAAAAUCGAACUAUCCGCCAUGGGCAACAACUGCCUCCAGAGGUCGCGCGGCCGCGGUGCCGGCGACGACGCGUCGCAUUGCGACGCCGAGAAGGUGUUAGUGGAGGAGGAGGAGGAGGAGGAGCUGCAGAAGGGGGAGAAGGUGACGGAGGUGAAGAUCCGGAUCACGAGGAGGCAGCUGGAGGAGCUGCUCCGGCGGAUGGAGGACGGCAAGGGCGGCGGCGCCGCCGUCUCGGAGCUCCUGUGCAUGACGAGCAGCUGCAACUUCCGGCACCGGCCGGAGCAAUGGAGGCCGUCGCUGCACGUCAUACCGGAGUGAUCUCAGAGCUCUCAUGAGCUCAGCUUCCAUGGUACCAACCAAUCGAUUAUAUGCUGUUGCUGUUGCUGUUGCUAGCUGAUAGCGUAAACAACAACACCAAGGUUUGAUCAUGCAGCUAGCUACCUAGUGACUGCCAUGAUUGAUAGGAUGCAUGUGAUUAAUUAGUUGGUGGUAAUUAAUUAGUACUUUAUGAUUACCUCUUGUCGAGUUAAUAUGUAUAGUAUCACGAUGUGCGCAGGCUGUACAUUUUGUAGGUUUCAGAAAGAGAUGGUAGUAGAGACCUAAGCUAGCUAGCUAGCUAUGUAUGUUUGUAGCAGUAAAAUAAAUAAUAAUAAUAAUGGUAUUGGUAUUGGUAUAUAAUUUAUAUCUAGAUGAGUGAGAUGUAAAUUGAAGACAUACAUAUAUGUAGUGUAUGUGAAUUGGCAUUGGA